AUUUUUGCUGCGUCUCCUAAAUAAACCGGCAGUGACGUCACCAGCGCCAUAUUGGUGCAUCUGUUGUCUUUCUGUUUGCAGCUGGGUUUUAAGGAGCUCUGAGGAGAAAAGACGCCACCAUGGAGCUCAGUAAAAUUCUUGGUGCUUUUAGAGAUUUUGACAAGAAAGGGAAAAAGGAAGCAUGCCCCAUUUUGGACCAGUUUUUGUGCCAUAUAGCCAAAACUGGAGAGACAAUGAUUCACUGGUCCCAGUUUAAAAGCUACUUCCUUUACAAGCUUGAAAAAGUCAUGGAUGAUUUUAAUGCCUCAUCUCCAGAGCAGAGGGGGGGUCCUGCCAAUCCAAAUGUUGAAUACAUUCCCUUUAAAGAGAUGAAGGAACGGAUACUGAAAAUUGUGGAUGGCUAUAAUGGAAUCCCUUUCACAAUCCAGCGUCUGUGUGAACUGCUUACUGAGCCGAAGAGAAACUACACAGGAACGGACAAGUUCCUCCGAGGUGUGGAGAAGAAUGUGAUGGUGGUCAGCUGUGUGUAUCCUACCUCAGAAAAAAAUGGCUCCAGUGGUGUGAACAGGAUGAAUGGAGUCAUGUUUCCAGGAAAUGCUUCUGCUCUUCCAGAUAGAAAUGUAAAUGGUCCAGGAACUCCCAGGCCAAUAAAUAGAUCAAAGAUUUCUCUGUCAAGCAGCAUAACUGCCAAUGGUCUCCCAGACAGCACAGAGUCCAGCGAGCAAGGUGUACAACAGACCGAGAGAACAGACAGUGAUUCCUUGAAUUCAGAAACAGUAUGCUCAAGUGAAGGGAUGAUGAAGGGCAAGCACCGCAAGGACGAGGAACUGGAAGAGGAAGAGGAUGAGGAGGAUGAGAACCGGCAUAAUGCGAAACGGCUUAAGUUUGAUAACAACACGGAGGAGAAAGAAGCUUGCGAAAAGGAGUUUUCUUGUCACGCUCCUGUUGAGAGCUCAACAGAUGUUUCUGAGUCCUCUCUGCACAUUAGUGUGGAAGUGAAAGAUACAUCUACACUUGUUUCUGAAGAUCAAGAGCCCUCCAGCACACAGUCUGAGUCUAGUGAUGUCUUGGCUGGCGAAUCAGGGACACUGGAUUAUCCUGGCUCUUCCCACAGUAAUGAAAAUGGGUGUGAAGCAGAGCAGGCAGAAGACAAGGCCCAGCUAAAGAGGCUGGACCCAGCAGAAUUAGAGGAGGCCGAGGAAAACGGUGACCCAGUAAGCAGCAGCAGCAACAGUGGUAGUGAGGAAGGAGAGCGUCAUGCAGCGUCUGCGCCUUCGUCUCCCAGCACUUGCACAGAGUCGGCUGCAGAGGGCAGCAGCAUUGCACAGGAUGCACAGGACACCUCAGAAAGCUCAGACACUGAACAAGACUCUGUAGAUCAAGGCUGAAUGCACUUGUUUCUUUUCUUUUUUUUUUUUUCUUUUCUUUCUUUGUCUUUUUUUCUGUCUUUCUUUUAAUAAACACAGCAACACAUCAACCCCAAACUACCAGCAGCCCUGGAAACAGAGUGCAAGUCUUAAUACCUCACACUAGAGGAGGGCUUUCUCAUGGUAAUGCAGAGAACCUUAUCCUCCUCACGUCUCUACACGAACCUUGCAUGGCCUUCUGACAGCCACACUUCAUGCUGUGUAUCUGUUCUUUUCUGGAGAAUGAUUUUAACUUGAGCUCUUUUGUUUACUGACACAAGCCUACAGUGGUGAACGUAUGAUGAUUCUAUCAUGGUUAUCAUCCUGUUUCCCCAAAACUGAUUCGCCACAAAUUUUCUAUAGAGGUGUUUGACUUGUGUGCAUGUGGUGUCCCACCCUGUGUUUUAGUUUAUAUAUAUAUAUAAAUAUAAUUUUUCUUCUUCUUUUAAAUAGGGUGUUGCAGACAGAUGAGAGAAUCUACAAAUCAGGAUUAAAACAUUCCAGGGGCCUCUUAAAAAAUACCAUGUAGGAUUAAACCACUUGUAAUUCAAACCAUCUGUUCCCGAACAAGGUCAACGUGUCUGUCUGGACAAUUCUGUAAACAGAAGCACUGGAAUAAAGCAUUUUAUACUUGUCAAA